AUGCCAUCAAAACCACGCGUAGAUAGGAUUAAGAUAUGUUAUACGGCGGCGAUGCAUUUAAACUAUGGAUGGCGGGUGAGUGGCUAUCCCUGCACUCCUUUCAACAACGCUGCAACUAAAUAUAUCCCCCAGUUGCAUCGGAUCACCGUUCGAUUCUGCCGCAAAAAUGAGUGCAGUGCUGGAGUAAGGCACUUCAUAAGCAGUGGGUUAUUGUCUCAGUUCGCAUCAGAGAAUCCGUCCAUCGUUGUUUACGUACAACCCAUCAGGCAGAAUAUUCCAGUACUAAGAGCGGAGUAUGGAAAUGGACGCAUAAUCCAAAUCGUUUUGAAGAGUUUUGAUGCGGAGCAGGUGAAAAGACAUUUCAAUCUAGUACGGACUCGAAGCGGUCUUCCAGUAGUUGAUCUGGUCUCGAGACAGUCUGCUCAUGUUGCUUCGGUGCAAGGAAUGUGGAAUCCAAUGAUCAACAUCAGUUCUGAACUAAAUGUUUCCGAACUGUCAGAGAAAUUUUCGCGCCACCGUACUGCUAAAUUGUCAGCUACGGAAUACGUGUCGUCACUAGUUGACGAAAAUGUUAGUGACUCACAUUGA